AUGAGUGUAGUCGCACCGGACAGAUUUACGAUGAAACCGCAAAAGUCAGUCACAUCUAUUGCCCUCAAUCAGACGUACUGUGUAUGUUUGGUGCAAACGGGCGACUGCCCUUACGGUAUUCGUGCUGGUAUAAAUGACAUCAUCUGGCGAUGUCUCGGCGGGCGGCGAGGUCGUGAUGCGACGCCUCUGGCUCGACAAGGCGAUGGCCUUAGGGCCCCGAUUGAUUUGAUUAUUUACUUCGAGAACACUGAGUUCACCUCCACCCAACUACAUUUAUCCCUGGGAAUCUCACAGCUGCCGCCUAUUACUCCAGGACAACUGCUUCCUGAUGUCCUGAUGCUAACAUCUCGCAUUCUUGAUCUCCUUGGUGUCGCUGUGUGGUGGGAUGACCUUAGUUUACGCAUUACGGCUACAUUCAUAUUUAUGCUACCAUACGUUGCAUACAAGUACGUGAAGAAUAAACGAGAAGCAAACAGAAGAGAAAUGGAAUCGACUUUGGACUCAUUGGCUUCACAUUUGUCGCGCUCGAUGAUCCCUGAUCAGGUUGUUCUUCGCAUAUCAGGGGUAUCCGCGAAAUUUGCAGAGGAUUCUGAUGAGUAUAUUUCUGGCACUUUAACCAUUGUUGAAAAAGCAGUGGGUGUGUUUAUCGAAUGGUUUCCAAGUGAAGAUCUUAAUUCUCGUUAUGCACCCGAUACAUCUGGUUGGGUUCUGGCUGAAGAUGGUGGCGAAACACAAACUCUGCAUUCGCCGUCAAGUAGUCCUGAUAAGGCGUCAGGUGAAAACUUAAACAAACUCGCCUUUUCUAUCGAUGUCAAUGAUCUGAGUAGCUUUCGCAACAUGGAACCUAAAAAAGGACAAGGUUAUCCAUGCAUACGACUGAUCAGCAAAGAUGGUACAAGUUACGUUCCUCUCUACUUUACUACUGAGUCGACAGUAAACUUUAUCGAUGUUCUUCAAAGGUACAUCACUCUACGAAGAUCUGCACGUGAACCGAAUCUUGUUCUAGUCGUCGACUCCAAAACAGAAGCCUUAGCACAAAGUGUCAUUGCAUUGGGACAGAAUGACGAUGUUUUGUCGCGCUUUAUGAAGAACCCUUAUGCAGCAGCACUGACAGGAUUUGGGAAGAUCACAUCUUUCAUGCAGGAACAAAUGAUUCCUGCCCUUCUUGACAGCGACGAGGUAAGUCAAGAGGAGCAAAUUCGAGCUAUGCGGGAACUUUCGCAGCGGGAAGACGAUGCAGCAAAGCUGAGAAUCAAUCUCGAUGCGGCUUCUGAAUUCGAACUUGUCACCCAGCUUGAAUUGCCUCCACGCCCAGAUAUAUACAGAGAAUCACCCGUCACUCAGGAGAUAUGGGAUAAAUUUAAAAUGGCUGAUGGUACUGUGGAUCCACAAAAUAUCCACCAUCUAAAAAUGAACGUAUUCAGAGGCGGGUUGAACCCUGAUCUUCGUAAGGAAGCAUGGAAAUAUCUUCUUGGAUACAGAGCUUGGGAUGAAACAAACAGUCAAUUUGAAAAGAAACGAUCUAAACUCGCUAAGGAAUACGAAAGAUUGAAGGCACAAUGGAUGUCUAUAACCGAAGACCAAGAGUCCAGAUUCUUCAGCUACAGUAAGCGAAAAGGACUUGUAGAGAAGGACGUGGCCCGUACUGAUCGCUCAAUAUCAUAUUUCAGCGGUGAUGAAAAUCCGAAUCUUGCAAUGUUGCAGAAUAUUCUUAUGACGUACGUAAUGUACAAUUUCGAUCUGGGUUAUGUGCAGGGUAUGAGCGACUUUGCAUCUCCUCUUCUUUUUGUGAUGGGGAAUGAAGUAGAUACGUUCUGGUGCUUCGUAGAGUUGAUGAAAAAGAUCCAACGAAACUUUGAAAAGGACCAGGCUGCAAUCAAGCUUCAAAUGUAUCAACUACGCGAUCUAGUUAUGAUUGUAAAUCCACAGUUAGCAAACUACCUUGAGAGUCACCAAUCCGAUGAUAUGUACUUCUGCUUCCGAUGGGUUCUCGUGUGGUUCAAACGUGAGCUUUCAUUCGCGGACACAUGCAAGCUGUGGGAGGUUCUAUGGACAGGGCAGCCUUGUCCCAAUUUCUUGCUUUUAGUCUGUGUUGCUAUACUGGAUGCCCAGAUGAAUACAAUCAUCGAUAAUAAAUUCGGAUUAACAGAAAUACUGAAGCAUGUGAAUGAUCUGUCUAUGCAUCUUGUCCUCGAUGAUGUUAUGACGGCUGCAGAGGCGAUUUUUCACCAGUUGUCAGCCAGUCAGGACAAACUUCCUGCACAUAUAUGCGAGUAUCUUAACCUUGGUGAAACAGCAACCUAA